AUGUAUAUAUCAAUCUGCUCAUACAACUACAGCCACACCUUCAACUACCACAAGUACACCUCCUACUACAACAACUACGACUACACCUACUACAACUACUCUUCCUACUACAACUACACCUACACCCCCGACUACCACAAGUACAACCACAAUCUCAUCGACUACUUGCAUUCCAAGUACCACAUGUGCGUGGUCAGACUGAUUUAUAUUGACAAUGUCUUUUGUGAUCCAACUGAAGAUGUUUCUUGUCCACGAUCGAUAACAGUAUCAUAUGUAUCACAAGUCAUCACACUCAUUAAUCAUAAUCUUAUUGGAGCUGCACAGUUGGAGGCACUGAAAAAUGAAGAAAGUUUGAACCUACCUUAUUCUCAACAAGGUGUUAAGAUCAUGAAUUCAGGCAUUAACCUGAUUUUAGAGAUUCCUCGUCUAAAAGUGGUUGUUACAUUUGGAAUAACUGGCUUCAGUGUAACCCUUCCAUUCCAGUACUUUGGCAAAAACACACAGGGACAUUGUGGAACAUGCAACAAUAAUCAGGCUGAUGACUGCAUGUUGCCUGGAGGUAAGCUGGUGGAAAGCUGUGCAGUGAUGGCUGACUAUUGGCCUGUUGAAGACCUUUACCAGCCCAACUGCCCAACACCACCCGCACUACCUACCAGUGCACCUGAACCACCACCUACCUUAGCUCCAUGCAAACCAGACUCCAUGUGUGACCUACUUAAAACUAGUCUCUUUGCAGAGUGCCAUCCAUUUGUCUCUCCAGAAAAUUUCUACAGAGGUUGUGUUUUUGAUAGCUGUCACGUUUCAAAUCCAACAGUGGAGUGCACAAGUUUACAGACUUAUGCUGCAGCCUGUGCUCAGGCUGGAGUUUGCAUUUACUGGAGGAACCACACCACACUGUGCACUGGUGAAUGCCCAUUAGGCAAAGUUUACAAGCCUUGUGGUCCUGCAGAACAGCCAACCUGUCAAGACGAUCCAAGUGGACCAACUAUGAACUACACUACUGAGGGCUGCUUUUGUCCUGAUGGAAUGAAACUCUUCAACCAGGAGUCUGGAAUAUGUGUUGAAAAAUGUGGAUGUCUUGAUCCUGAGGGCAUUCCUCGUGAGUUCAAUGAAAGAUUUGAGUACAAAUGCCAGGACUGCAUCUGUGAAGAAUCUACGAAGACUGUGACUUGCAAGCCUAAGGUGUGCCCUCCACCGUCAGCCACUACAGACUGCUCUGCUCCUGGGUUUGUCCUUGUCAACCAGACCAGUCCAUCAGACCCCUGCUGUUCUACCUAUGUUUGUCAAUGUCAACCUAACACCUGCCCAGUCACUAAUAUGAAUUGUCCAAUUGGAUAUAAGCCAGUUGUCAGUGUUCCUGAUGGAAAAUGCUGUGCAGAACAUACAUGUGAACCUAAAAGAGUUUGUGUACACAGAGAAACUGAAUAUCAGCCUGGUUCUUCAGUUCCUGUGAUUGCAUGUCAGGAUUGUACCUGUGCCAAUCAGAUUGACCCCAAAUCUGGUCUAUUAAAAAUAAUUUGUGUGUUUCAACAAUGCAAAGAACACUGUGAACUGGGAUAUGGAUAUGUGGAAAGUGAUUCAGAUGAAUGCUGCGGGAAGUGUGUACAGAAACACUGCGUUGUCAACAUUAAUGGAACCAAACACCUUUUGACUCAAGGAGAAACCUGGUCACCAUCGGAGAAUAAGUGUGAACAUUACACCUGUGUUAAGAAUGGUGAGACUUUAACAGCAAGUCGUUCACAGACUGUCUGCCCACCCUUCCAAGAGAGCAACUGCCAACCUGAAACAAUUCAAACUGCAGCAAACGGCUGUUGCAAAAUUUGUGUGGAGAAGGAGAAGGGAUGCAAGUUAAUGUCCAUGAAAACCCAUAUUACAUUCAACGGUUGUCAGUCCUCCCAGGAGGUAGAUAUGCCAUAUUGUGAAGGAUCCUGCAACACUUACACCAUGUACUCUGAAGCAGCAGCAGCUAUGGAGCAUUCCUGCUCAUGCUGUAAGGAGAUAAACUUCAGCAAUCGCACUGUUGACCUGGUCUGCCUGAAUGGAGACACAGUCCCCUACACAUACAUGUAUGUGGAACAGUGUGGGUGUACCAAGACGGACUGCACCACAUCUCGACAUCAUGUUCGCAGGAAGAGAAGCUUCACACUGCUGUGA